AAUAUUUUCUCUGUUGUAGACAUUGGGUAAAACCUACUUGCAAAGGUCUGUCUGUAACUUCAGCUGCUGCGGCAGAGACAAGGAAUUCGUGUGAUUGAUUUCCUCCAUAAUGUCACAAGGAACAUCCAAGGAUUUGAGCACAUCAUCUGAGGACAACGAAGAAGGGCCAGAUUAUGUUUCAUUCUAUACUAGUCAAAUAACAGAACUUUUAUCCAAAGAUAUCUUACUUCCCAUUGCACCUCAACCCUCUGAAUCAAAUAGUUCAAAUACUGCUCCAAACCCUUUAUUUGGUAAUCCUUUUGGAAAUGGGCUUACCGAUUUCAAGAAAUCCAGAUUGCAGCCAUUACUAAGACAAACUGUGCUUAGACUAUCAAAAGAGGUUGAUCAGAUGCUAGACCCUGUUCAUUCUAUACACAGGAUAAGGAAGCACAUGCAAUCUCGUAAAGACAUACCAAGUAACUUUGUUGCAGAAGCUUCCCAAGAUGAUGCAAGGAAUUCUCCAAACAAAAAGCUUAAGCAAUCAUCUUUGUCUUCUUCUGUAAGCAUAACUAGCAAUGGCACUGCAAAAAAAUGUGAUGUUAGUAGAGAGGGCUCUGUUCGUGAUGGAAAGAAUGUGGAUUCCUCAGAAACUGAAAAAUCAGAGGAUUUGGGGAAGAGAUGUUCUCGUUGCCACACUAUGGUAACCUCUAAAGUGAGUAGUGAUCCGGAGAGGAGUCUUAAGUCAUUAUGUAAUACAUGUGAGCAGAAGGAAGUAGCUACAAAAGAAGGGAAUAGCAAGGACCUGUUGUUGGAGCAAGAUGUAAGGAGGACUGGCAAUGAAUUGGGAGAGGUUGAUGAUGAUUUGAUGUAUUUAAUUGAGAAAUAUCCGGCAAAAGUUGAGGAUACGGUGUCGUUUUAUUCUGAUGAACUAUCCGAAACACUUGGGAGCAUGGGGAAGAAGCUGGAAGGUCUUCUCGAUAUGGUGCUCUCCUGUUGCAGAAAAGUGACAAUUACUGAGAAACAAGAACUUCGAAAUCUCAUUCAAAAUCUACCUUCGAGAAAUUUGGAUCACGUUGUGGAAAUAAUCGAAUACAGAAAGCAGCCAACUUCCAGAAAAUAUCAAAUUGAUGAUGAGAUCGAUGUUGAUUUGGAGGAACAGGAUGAUGCGACACUGUGGAGAUUGUAUUACUAUGUUCAAGCUGUGGAAAAUGCGAAGAAGCUUUCAUUGCAGCCAACAGCCAGAUGAGAGCUUCGAACUAACUCUCUAUUAAACAUUGACUCAGAUGAAAAGGAUUUUUUUAUUCUUUUUUUGAGGUUUCAUAGCAUCUAAAUCACAGGCAUAAAGGUGAAUAAUAAUUUUGUUUGUAGAAUGUAAAACAUGUUUGUCUUUUUUUUUUCUUCUGGAAAACUGUAUGUCCCUAGUUACUAUCUUCAUGCAUGCAUUCUUGAAAUUUAUUCUUUUGUAACAUACUUGCCUUUUAGCAAAAGAAAUAUUAUAGAAAGCGAAGAAUAUUUGUUAA